AUGUCGAACUCAGACAAGUACAGGUACAGAGUUGAGGUUCAACAAAUGAUGUUUGUCUCUGGUGAGGUCAAUGAUCUGCCAGUUGAGACAACCUCGCUAAUUGAGGACAUUGUAAGAGGACAAGUUAUUGAGAUUCUACUUCAGGCGACGAAGACAGCUGCCAGCAGAGGGACCCGAUCCAUAUCUUCAGAAGAUGUGAUUUUCCUCAUACGACAUGAUAAAGCCAAGGUCAAUCGUCUCAUCACGUACCUCUCCUGGAAAGAUGUUAGAAAGAACACUAAAGAUCAGGAAGGUGGUGGUGCCGAGGGUCUUCUUGAAGGAGAUGCUGCCGCCCCUGCUUCAGCUGUAGCUGCUCCUGGGGCCAAUGACCAAUCAAAAAUGAUGACACGAUACAAAAAGUCAAAGAUCAGGUUGCCUUGGGAGGUGCAAUUCAUGUUCAGUGAACAACACCUCGAAACCGCAGAAGAAGCCGAGGAAGUGGACGACGAGGAGAAAGCCGCUACAAUGGCAUCAUUGAAGAGGUUGAAAAUGGCGGACGAUAGAACGAAAAACAUGACUAAGGAGGAAUAUGUGCAUUGGUCCGAGUGCCGUCAGGCUUCAUUUACCUUUCGAAAGGCUAAAAAGUUCAGAGAGUGGGCCCAAAUUACGCAAAUAUGUGAGUCCAGGCCCAAUGACGAUGUCAUUGAUAUUCUUGGCUUCUUGACUUUCGAAAUAGUCUGCUCCUUGACGGAGGUGGCUAUGUCUAUCAAAACAGCAGAGGAGAAACUCAUCCAGCAGAACCUACUGAAGGCUGGGGCUAUAAAUAAAGAGAUCAAUAAGCGGAAGCGAAAGUAUCUUUUUGAAAAGCCAGACGAGCUUGCAAAGCCAAUACAACCAUACCACAUUGAGGAGGCCUGGCGCCGACUUCAAUCUACAGAUUUUAAGCACAAGGCAGUGCGUUCAUUCGGAGGAGGUAUGCUUAAGUCUAGGACGAGAUUGAUUUAG